CACUGGCUCAAAGAUGAACAGGUCCUCACUCGUGGUCCUCUGUGUUCUGCUCUCAUGCUCUGUGUGGAUGGUACAGGGCAAAUGUGUGGCAAUCGAUGACCAUGAAGACCAGCCUGAUGUGGAAGUCUCAGCUGAGAUGAAGCUCCCAGGAGUAUGCUGGGCCUGUAAAUGGGCUUUGAACAAGAUCAAGAAAAAAAUGGGAAACAAUGCAACAGCCGAGGUGAUUAAGUCCAAACUGCUGUCAAUCUGUAACCAGAUAGGACUCAUCAAAUCCCUGUGUCAGAAGUUUGUGCAGAAAAACCUCGAGGUGCUCAUCGAGGAACUGACCACCACCGAUGAUGUUCGCAGCAUUUGUGUCAACGUCAAGGCCUGCAAGCCAAAGGAUUUACUGCUGGAGGAGCAUUACCGCAAAUACCCAGAAGAAGUGUUCACUGAAAAUGAUACGGACGAGUAA